UCGCAGACUGGUAAUGCGUACUUGCGAUUUGCUUUUCUAGCUCUUUCUAUCAACUUUCAAGCCUCCCAAAGCCUUCUACUUCAUGGUUAUGGAUGCCAAACGGAGGGAGUGAUUGGUUCCGUUGUGUCUCCUCGAAGAUAAUGUUAACAAAUUUCGAUAGAUGUCAACAUUGUUUUAAACGAUGAAUUAUGCAUAUUCGGGCUAAAGUUUACCCCCGAACAGGAAAUAGAGAAUUUUCUAUUUUUGAAAGAAUGGAUUUGAUAAAUGAAUUAAAGUAAUAGACUCAUUGGGAAAUGGAAAAUUCUGACAUUGCUCCAGAGUCGUCCGGAGAGAAUCCAAAUAGAACCUCUAACGGGAGACAUCCAGACUUGCAUCAGAAAGUAGAAUCGCCAGUUGGUUCCCAAACUGAAGCGACAAGGGAACAAGAGAUAACAAAUAUUCCCCACAAGAACAGAUCUAAGAAGGAAAAAAAGGAGGAGAGUGGAACAUCAAAUGAAAAUCAAAGAAGUCCAGAGGAUUUGCUAAAGAUAAUAAAAGAACUGGAGUCUAAACAUUUUGUUGUGCAACAUGAUAAAAUGAAGCAACCAAAUAAGGAUGCAGAAGGUCCCUUUUACUGUGAGCUUUGUGAACUAAAAUUGGCAGAUUUGAAAAGAUGUCAAGAACAUGUGAAAACCAAGGGUCACAAGAGAGCAAACAGGACCAAAGGAGAGUCUUUUUCGCUCACCCGGAUUACCCCACCUUCUAAAAAUCAAACCUUAGCUCUGAGCAAGCUUCUUGACUCUGUUUUCUUGGAUCAUGGAUUAUCCCCUGAAAAAGAUCUACCUUUGAGGGGCAAAGUAGCAAAAGAUGUCCAUAAGGUUGUGUGCACCAAGUUUCCAGAAUGUGCAGUGUUCCUUUAUGGAUCUUCCUCCACUGGAUUUGGUCUGAAGGACAGUGAUGUUAACCUUGAUCUUGUCAUUCCAGAUGAGCUCAAUGUGCCUCAUGUUCUCCUGUCAAUUUUGGAGCUACUUCAAAAAGAUGACAAGUACUGCGAUGUAAAAAGUGAAUUUGAUGCAAAGGUACCCAGGAUAUUAUUCAAACAUCUUUCAAGUGGACUUCUUUGUGAACUCAGCCCUGGAAAUAUAACUGCUUUCAAGACUAGCUGCUUGUUGAAGAAGUAUUGUGAUGCUGAUCCUCGCGUCAACAAGUUGGUUGUGGGCCUGCGUUACUGGGCAAGGAUUUGCAGCAUUGAUUGUCAAUCAGAGGGUGGUUUACCUGGUUACUCUUUUGCUCUGAUGGUCAUUCAGUUCCUUCAAGUGGCAAAGCCUCCAGUUCUUCCCAGAUGGGUGCCACAUGAGGCAAUUGACAAAGACAACCCAAAAGCUACUGAAAAAUUUGCUAGUGAGAAUAAAGAACAGAUUGGAACAUUGUGGUAUCAGCUUUUUAACAUACGACCACUUCUUUACGUGCUGGAAGAACAGCUUUAAGUAUUUUGCAUCCUCGUCACAAAGUGAGAUACUAAAGACAAGUUCUAAACCAUCUCACAAGGCGAAUGACGGUAAAUCAGUGAAAAGUAGGAAGCAGGAGAGCAAGGAGGUUACUGAUGACGAGGGUAUUUUUCAAUUGGAUGACUUGGAUCCUCUGACCAAACAGAUGCACUCUCUGGAUGUUUCUAGGAACGACUGUGAAGAUGGUGGUUUGUCUCAAAGACAAACUAAAACGAAUGGUGCUAGCUUGAAAAGCAAGGAUCAAAUUGAGACAGAAAUUGAAGUUGAAGUAAGUUUGAGUGGAUCUGAAGAGGAAGAACACAGAGACUCCAAAACUGACUCAAAGGAGCAAGCGUGUAGGUCUUCAGGAAAAACCAGCGACGUGGGUGUUACUCAGCUGAAUGUUGUUUAUAGAUUUGAUGCCAAAGUUUUCCAAGGAAACAGUAAACCAGUUAAAACCUGUUGCUUUUGCAAAGAGGAUGGUCACGUGAAGGAUCAGUGCCCAGAUUUGCGGAAGCCGCCUCUGAUAGUACUGCCGCCAAUGACGCCAACGUUUGCUAAAGUGCUAGAUUUUGUCUGCCAGACUUGUAGACGCGAUUUUGAAUUUGAAAAAUCAGAAGUUUCAUACCGAGAGAAGGUGUUGAAGAAUCUGGAACAGUACAUCCGUGAGCAGUAUCCAGGCGCACGACUGUUUCUCUUUGGUUCCUCCAAAAAUGGCUUUGGGUUUCGUAAUAGUGACAUUGAUAUUUGCAUGACGCUGGAAAACCGUGUCAAAGAAGAAUUGGAUUGUGUGGAGAUCAUCACUAACCUUGCAAGGCUUCUCAAGAAACACAAAGACUGUAACAAUGUACUGCCUAUCACCACAGCAAAGGUUCCCAUUGUGAAGUUCUUCCUUCGCAGUUGUAAGCGUGAGGCUGAUAUAAGCUUAUAUAACACACUUGCAUUGGAGAACACAAAGAUGCUUGCUACCUACGCUAAGCUGGAUGAUCGUGUUGCUACUCUUGGCUAUGCUGUAAAGGUAUUUGCCAAGGUGUGUGACAUCGGAGACGCUUCAAAGGGCAGCCUGUCAUCCUACGCCUAUAUACUCAUGCUUCUUCAUUAUCUGCAACAGUGCAAUCCUCCAGUCAUUCCAGUGCUACAGGCCUUGCACAAGGGUGACAAACCGCCCGAGAAGUUCAUUGAUGGCUGGAAUUGCUGGUUUCUGAGUGACGAGAAGAAAAUUGGAAGUGCCUGGAACCCAAAGGAGAGGAACAAUUUCAGUGUGGGUGUCCUGUGGUAUGGCUUUCUAAGAUAUUAUACUGAAGAAUUUGACUUCGAACACGACGUGGUUUGUUGCAGAAGAACAAAAAAGCUGACCAAAUUUGAAAAAAUGUGGACCAAACACGUGUUCGCAAUUGAGGACCCUUUCAAUCUGGACCACAACUUGGGUGCGGGCGUGACAAAGAAGAUGGCCAACUAUAUCCUGACCACCUUUAUCAGAGGACGUGAACGCUUUGGAAUUCCACGAUAUGAUAUACCCAGAGAUUUCAUUCAGCGGUACUUCUUUGAUGUUUACUUUCUUACAGAUGGCUUUGAAGCUCCAAGUGACAGGAAUUGCCGCGUUUGUAAUAAAAUAGGCCAUAUUGCAAGAGAUUGCCCUCUUUCUAAGGUCAAUCGACGUGCAGAGCAAAGGAAGGAAGAGGAAGAAAGGAAAUUGGGUAAAGAAGCUGGCGAAAAAAUAGGCGUGAAACAGAAGCCUUUUAGCGCAGGACCUUCACGUCCAAGAUCUACUUCUGCACCAAGCAAACAGGGACAAAACAAGAAUGUUGACGAUAGUAUUCGUCUGUCAACAGCACUGUCUCAACAAGGUGCUAAUGCUUCGGAUGUAACAUCUCUCUCAAAAUCUCAACCAAAUACACAAGAUCUUUCGUCUCCUCCAGAGGGGAGAGGGGAGGGGAGAGAGGUCGCUGAUAAGCAAUCCGAGAUUCCAAAUAUGAAAGCACGUGACCAGACCUCUCUGCAGGGCUCGCCCAGUGCGCAUUCAGCCUGUGGUACUCAAGAGACUUUGGUGGAGUCAAAAGAAAACAUAUCUCAACCCAUACCGGCAGGCUACGUCUCUGAUGUUAAGAAUGAGAAAGGUAACGAAGGUAGAAAUGUAAAUGACUCGGAGGGCAUCAUACCAGCUGCGGUUUUACCAGGUUCAAAGGAAGAGGAUUUUACUGAGGCAUCUGCAACGCCACGAGUGCAGACUUCUUCAUCAGUGCAAUCCAGUCACUCUGGAGAAAUGGAACCUCCUCCCGGCUUCCACGGCACCGGCAGGAUGUCUCAGGUGUCCGAUGAAGGAUCUCCACAGUUGUUACCUGAUGGUCUCCCACAGUCCCCUCCUGUAAAUGCUCCAUCACCUAAUAUGUUACAAGGUCAGGCUAUCGUUAUGGGUACUCCACCACGGCAUCCAGUAGGCAUGCUCCACCCCCAAAUUGCUCCGUUUGUAUUUUCUCCCAGUCAACAUGACAUGUGGCUGAGGCAACAUGGUGGGAUCAUGCAAAUUCCCCAUAGUCCACCUGUGAGGCCACUUGUUCCUUAUCCUUUGUCACCUGAAGUUCAAGGUGUUCAACAACCAACGCAGCAGUGGAGUGGUCCUGUAGAAAACUUUCCAAUGGAUCAUUCCGGCUCCCCUUUUCGGGGAUUCCAUCGUGUUUGGGAGCACAACCAACGAUUACUUGCACAGAGCCCUCCAAUUAUUUCAAGAACUGUUAAUAGGCCAUUGGGACCAAACAGCCCUCCCCUUAAUGCGACCAGUUAUGAAGAUCCAGCUAUGGUAGAAGGGCAGCAGUUCGCCUCGCCUCCAGGAAGACAUCCUGCUUUCCCAGAAGGCAUUUCUCCCAGUAUCACUCCACAGCAGGCCCAGUUUCCUCCUGGUAUCCCUCUACAACACGCCCAAUUUCUGCCCAGCACUCAUCCACAGCAAACCCAUUUUCCUGUUGGUUCUCCUACACAGCAGACUCAAUUUAUUCCUGGUAAUCAUCCACAGCGACCCCCCUUCCCCGUGGGUUCUCCUCCACAACAGACUCGAUUGCUUCCCAGCACUCCUCCUCAGCAAACUCCCUUUCCGGUUGGUUCUAAUCCACAGCACACCCAAUUUCAUCAUGGUGUUUCUCCACGGCCCCCUGUUACUCCACCACAGAGUAUACCACAGCCGCAAGGAAACCGUUUACAGCAUGCCAUCGGAACACACAUGACAGGAGAACAGUUCAUCGGCCUCUUCCGGGCCGCUGAAGUAGAGGAAAAGAAGGAAGACAUUCUCCCUACGAAUCCCCCUGCAAAUGAUGAGUUUCAGUCUAAGGAACUACAUAUUGCUCCAAAGAAUUUGAAAGCCGCCAAUACCCCAGAAGAACAUAAGUUGCUAUCCGAUCUGAACAAAGUGAAGAGCCUAUGGGAAGGCAAUGCUGCAGCUGAAUUGCAAAGCAGUAGCUCUGGUCCAGAAAUAGUCAAGGAAUUGAAUCCCAAUGGGCAUACUGAAGUUCAAGAUUCAAAUGAUGCGGUUCCUCCUCUCCAAGACACCGAGGCAAUGAUAAAAGACGAAAUAUGUUCAACUGUUAAAGAGAACUCGAUUAAAAAAGAGGAUGAAGGAAUGACAGUGGAUGUAGUCAAAACUAAGGAAAGCGUUUUGGAAAAGCGAUUUGUACCGGCUCCGUCGACUCAAGGACAUGAUGUAGUGGUUUCGAGAAAGGUGAACAUGGAGGAACAAGAUUCAUCUACCUAUGAGGUGACUUUAAAAGAUAAAUCGGAGGCAAAUACGCCUGUAGUAGACAAUGGAGAGCGAAAGAGAGCUGAGGAACAAGAACAGAACAUUGCAGCUUCCGUUGCGCUAGAAGAAGCUCCCAGAAAAAAGAACAAAAAGCGGGGCGGUCGUGGAAGGAAGGCUAAGACACCAAGACAAAACGAAGCUACAGAGAGUUCUCCAAACAAGCAAGAGAAAACCGUAGAUGAUGGCACAAAAGAAACAAAGAGUACUCAAGGGCAAAAUCAACGCCAGAAAAAUCGCGUCGAAUCCAAAGUUGACGCUUCAAAGGCUCCUCCUUCAUCUUCACCCAAAAGGCCUGGACCUGAACGCUCCGAAGAAAAACCGAAUGAAUGCUCUAGAGAAAGUCCUGGCCAUGGUGCCGAGUCAGAUAAAAGUUCUACCCCCAAAAGGCCAGGAUCUGAACGCUCCAAAGUAAAACCGACUGACUCUUCAAGAGACACUUCACGCCGAGGUGCCGAUUCAAAUCAAAUUUCGACGCCUAUAAAGCCUAGACCUGAACGCUCCGAAGAAAAACCGACUCAAUCUUCAAAGGACCCUUCUCCCCGUGCUGCUGAAUCAAAUAAAAGUUCUACACCCAAAAAGCCUGGAUCUGAGCGCUCCGAAGUGAAACCGAGUGAAUCUUUAAAGAACAGCCCUCGCCAGGGUGCCGAGUCAAAUAAAAGUUCUGCACCCAAGAAGUCUGGACCUGAGUGCUCCGAAUCGAAACCUUCUGAAUCUUCAAAAGACACUUAUCGCCAUGGUGCUGAGUCAAAUCAAAUGUCCAUGUCUAAAAAACCUAGAUCUGAACGCUCCGAAGAAAAACCGAGUGCAUCCUCUAGGGAUGGUUCUCGCCGUGGUGCCGAGUCCACACCAGGUAAGAAUAAACUCAAAGAGUCACCUACAAGCAAGAAAGACCCUGAAAAGAGAGCACCACAGGAAACCAAUCAAGAACGUGGUAAGAGUGCAAGAGCAGAAAAGGCUACUAGUCCCCCCGAGGAUUCUAACAAAGUUAAACCUACAAAUCAGGGACGGAGAAGACCAAGAUCCCAGUCCAAAAGGGGCGGACAGAACGAAGGGAAAUAAGAGCAGGAUACAAGACACCGAAACAACAGCACGCCCGUGAAACGUCAGUCUCCGAGAUCGUAAAUUAUGGACACGUGUAGCGUGUUAAGGGUAUAGCACCGAGCCAAGGUGACAAAGAUUUUUUAGAGAAAGUGAAUUUUUUUUAUUAGUGAGAUGCAGGUGGUAGAAAAUGGGUACUUGAUUUUAUAGAGCAGCAAACCUGUGUGUGACCUAUUCUUGAGCUUCUUGUGUUCCUUUAUCCCUUAAAACCACAAUAUUAUUCAAAUUCUCCACACUGGUCUCUUUACAAUUCUUUUGAUACUGACGUGGAGAAUAUGUUUAACAGUCGGGAUAGCUUCUUACAUUGGUGAUUAUUUCCUUUGUUCUCACGUUCUUUACAUUUGAUUCAAGGGUGAUAUUGUAAGGAGAAAUUAGAAACCAGUCACUCUGAGGAGUUAAAUGGUUAAGUGCAUGCUAUUGCGUUUUCUUUGUACUCCUUUCGUAGCAGACAUACAAUAACUCAUUGUUGAUCACUCAACAAUGUUCUAGUAAUAGAACACUGCUGAUAGUUCAUGACUUUUAAAAAUUUCGUCUUACAGAAGCGAUGGUAGAACUGAUUUCUUUUUUUGUUGUUAACUAAAGCACUCGACUUUUUUCCUAGUUUGAUUCAACAAAGUAAUGGCACUCACGAAUUUGCAGAUUCUAGUUUUAUUCUUAGUUAUUGAAAAGUUCCUAGUGUUAACUCGUGAAAAGCUUAGCUCUGGUGACAAAUAACUAAACAUUUUCACACGUUAUGUUUUAUCUUGCAAGAAAUAGGGUUUUAUUAAACGACGAUUACAGCGGUCUGCCGCCGGCCUAUAAGAA